AUGGAUGAGACUUCGUCCGUGAGGCGACGUCUUCAUUCUUCCGAGGAGAGUGCAACCCACACAGGUUGUAGAGAUUUCAUCUCGUCAACGAACUCGAUUCAUCCACGUCACAAGCCCGACGACCGAAAUGAAGGUUUCACGGGGAUCUACGGUUCUCUGACGCCAUGGAAAGCAGGAGUUAUCAUGAAGCACAGGCAUGGGCUCGGCGAUUGGGACUGGCUUAAUGAUUGGCAGCGGGCGAACUUUGGCCAUGUAAGCCUCCUAUUGAUCGUUUCUGCGCUGCAACUGCUGAUAGGGCCAUCCAGGGGCGGACCCGCAGCAAUCUUGGUCUCAUACACGUUGGUCGGAUUCACUGUAUACCUGGUUCUUUCUGCGCUUGGCGAAGUCGCUGCAUGGAUGCCAGACCCAUCGACCGUGGCUGACCAGGCGUUUCGCUUCUGUGAUCCAGCGCUAGGCUUCGCCCUCGGCUGGAUAUAUUGGAUGAAAUAUGCUGUGAUCACGGCGAACCAGUUGACAGCUGCAACCCUUGUGAUCUCUCUUUGGCUGGAUACCCAGAAUGUCAAUCCCGGAGUGUGGAUUACAAUCUUCCUCGUGCUGAUCACGGCCGUCAACUAUACUCACCACUCACUGCCAAGCCAGAUCGAGUUUUACAUAUCGAUCAUCAAACUCCUGGUAAUGAGCGGCCUGAUGAUCCUAUCUCUGGUGCUGGUCCUUGGAGGAGGUCCGAACCGUCACCCCACAAGUUUUCAGUAUCGUUUCAGGACAGGGUUUUCCGUGCAGACCAGCGAUAGCGUUGAAGUCUUCUUUCACACGUGUGGGGGACUAUCAUCGGCCACAUUCGCCUAUAUCGGCAGUGAACGAUCGAACAUUCUGGCUCGAUCACCCAACGUACCCCAGGCUAUGAAUCGGGCCAUCAAGUACACGUUCUACCGCAUUCUUAUCCUUCACCUUGUCGGGAUCACGCUGCUGGGCCUGAUCUUACCGUAUCGCACGGUGGGCUUGUUCGGAUUCCGGAUUUCUACCGCAAAAGUGGCCGCGUCUCCGUUUGUGGCCGCAUUGAUCGUGGCGGGGAUUGGCGUCUUGCCCCAUAUACUCAAUGCGUGCAUACUGGUCUUCAUCCUCUCGAUCGCCACCUACGAUCUCUAUCUGGCCACGAGGCACUCUCGGAUUUGGCCCUUCGAAAACGAGCUCCGGUAA